AUGGACUGUGCACUGUUGCUGCUGUCCCUCUGGGCUCUGACUGGAACCGUGUCCCCACAGGCUCCAGGGUUGUGUCCGGAGAGACUUCUGGGAGAGGAGAGCAGGAGGACGUGUCCUCGGCCCUGCAAAGCUGACCGAGACUGUGGCAACAAGCGCCAGUGCCUGUGUGACGGCCAGUGUGGUCUCAGCUGUGUGGCUCCAGGUCGGACUUGUCCCUGGCCUCUGCCCCCCAGUGAAGACUCAGAGGCUCGUCUCCUCUCUCCCACCCACUCCUUUUCCGCCCUGCUUGAAGUGCGCUGCAAGCCAGGAUUCACGUUGCCCAAUCGCUUGGAUGCCACUAUUCGCCGUUGUCAAGGUGACCGACAAUGGAGUGGGGAUGAGCCCAUCUGCACAGAGUCUCAGUCACCUGAAGAACCUACUGCUGCCCCAACCUGCCCUCUGCCUGAGGAGGUCAUCAACACCUUCAGCAUCCAGGGCGACGCUGCAGCAGGAACCUCCAUCCGCUACACCUGCCUGUCUGGGGCCGAUAUAGUGGGGAGCAGUGAAAAUUUCUGCCAGGAUAAUCAGACCUGGCAGUAUCCUCACCCCCUCUGUAAAAAAGUGUACUGCCAGCCUCCUCGAGAGGUGGAGCAGGGCUACGUGGUGGCUGUCCAGAAGACUGAAUAUGAAGUUGGCUUUGACAUCCACUACCUCUGUAAAAAGAACUUCCUGCUGGAUGGACCCCAGAAGGUCACCUGCCUGUCAAAUGGAAGCUGGAGUGCAUCACCGCCAUGCUGCAGAGCUCGCUGUCUCAUCCCCGCUGAGCGAAGCCGUGUGGUGAUUGGCGGAGUGAAGCGCUGGCCGUUUGACGUUACAGACGCCGUGGUUCCUCACGGGGAAAAUGUAACGUUCUACUGCAGACACCCUAGUAAGCAGUGCAGCUUCACUGCAACCCAGACCUGCUUUGAUGGAAAGCUGCAGCGCCCAACCUGCUACCUCGAGCCCACAUGGCUGCAGUUCAAACUCUUCCCUCACCGGCUGGUCUCAGAGAUUGAAGCGUGUGAGGUUAAUGAUGUGGAGUGAAGAUCUUGACCCGUCCGACACUCAUGACACUGUGUCACAACAUGAACGCCUCCUGACACUCAGCAUCACCCAGACUCUGCAGCUUUGCUUAAACUAUCUAUGCUAUGAUCGUGGUCUGUUAUAUGCUGACAUACUUGUGGCUUCACGGGUUUGAGCAGUGCUUGUGGCCUUUUCCCCUCUCUCUCUCUCUCUCUCUCUGCUGUAUACUAUCACACUAAAUAUAAUCUGCCAAGUAUUACCUUUCAUCCUCCUCCCGCUUGAGCCAAUGUAUCCAUGUGAGAAUGUAUGUAUAAUGCAUGAAUAGGCCUACAUGCU